AUAAACUAAAUAUUGACCGGCAGGGAGUCACGGUCGGUGAAACUUGAAAGCACCAGAGAGCUCAGAUUCAGGAGAGACUCUUUGGAACCCUGCCGUCCCACUCAUUUCCGCCGGACCUUCCGCUGCCGCCGUCUCCUUCCACCGUCGUCGGAUCUAGAAUCUGCUUUCCAUUCGAUUCCUGAUCCCUUGAUCUCUUCCGCUUAGGUACGCUUCUGAAAAGGGUAGAUCCAUUUUGAAUUCCUAUUUUGAUUUCUUAUCUGGGGAUUUGAAUUCAACAAGCCAUGAAUUCUAAUUUUGGGAAGAAUUUCGAGUUUGAUUUGGGACUCGGAUCCUCUCGCUCCAAAUCACUCAAUGAUCAGAAAAACAAAACCCCAUCAUCAUAUUCUUCCUACGCUUCCUCUGGUUCGUCGUAUUCUUCGACACAGACGAGGCCGGCCUGGCAGCCUAACAAGCCCUCAUGGACGCAUCAGCCGGCGCCGAAUCAGGCGGCGUGCCCUAACUUGUCCAAUUCCCCGGCUUCCAUGGUUGGUGAUAUAUUUGGGAAGACCUGGGGUUCCACAGCGACUUCCGGUUCCACUGCUGGUAUUGGAAUUGUUGAAAAGAAUCCGAAUCUGUUCGGCGAUUUGGUAGGUUCUGCCUUGGGAUCGAGUAAGAGCAAUUCGAAUGUUCCAUUGAAGAAUGCGGCUCCGGCUUCGGUGUCAUCUACUGCCGCAUUGAAUAAAAAUUCGUUUUCGAUGGGAAAUAUGAACGAUUCGUUGCCUAAAUCCAGUAGUAAUCCGGGUAAAAAUAGUGGAAAUUGGAGUUUUGAGAAUCUUAGCAGUUAUAACAGUUUGAAUAGUAAUCAGAGUAAUACCACCAAUAUCAAGACUCCCAAUCUGGGAGGUCCAAGCAUGAGUUCAACCAUCGGCAGUGGUAAGACGAGCUCUAGCAAGGAUCCCUUUGGUUCUUUAGUUGACUUUGGAUCUAAAUCAUCUGGGAAGCUGAAUUCAAAAAGUAAGAGUCAAAAUAUCAAUUCAAGCGAGGACUCAUUUGGGGAUUUCCAGAAUGCUUCAAAUCCAAGCAAGAGUCAAAAUAUCAAUUCAAGCGAGGACUCAUUUGGGGAUUUCGAAAAUGCUUCAAAUCCAAGCACUACCGCAUUUCCUUCAAGCAGAUCGAGUGGGAAUGGUGGUGAUUUCAAGGGAUCAAGUUUUAAUUCUGGCAUAAACAUGGGUGAUUUUGGAAUGCCCUCAAUGGAUUUUGGUUCCAAGGUUCAAGAUACUGUUCAAACCACUGCCAGUGAUCCACUUGAUAUGUUGUUUAGCUCAUCCAAAGCCCCAACUGGAGGUGCUCCGUUGGCAUCUGACACAGCUGGAGCUUCGCAAUCCUUGGAUGCCGAUGAUUGGGGAUUGGAUUUGGAGUUUGGGGGAGGUGGUCAUGAUGUGGGUGGUUCAACAACUGAGAUUGAAGGACUUCCACCUCCUCCAGCAGGGGUGACAGCUUCUUUGGCAAAGAACAAGGGAGUCGAUGUCUACAAGCAGGGACAAUACGCCGAUGCUAUUAAGUGGCUUUCUUGGGCUGUGAUUCUUUUUGAGAAAGCUGGUAACAAUGCUGCCAUGGUUGAAGUUUUGUCAACAAGAGCUUCAUGCUACAAAGAAGUUGGGGAAUAUAAGAAAGCUGUGGUUGAUUGUACAAAGGUAUUGGAUCAGGAUGUCGCAAAUGUGACUGUUCUCGUUCAACGAGCACUUUUAUAUGAAAGUAUGGAGAAGUACAGACUUGGAGCCGAAGACCUGAGGGCUGUCCUGAAAAUCGAUCCGGGUAACAGAGUUGCAAGAAGCACAAUUCACCGGUUGACUAAGCUGGCAGACUAAAGGUUCUUAUCACAAUUUUGGCUGAUGUAGUUUCUUGAAUAUAGGAUUACACUGGUUCCCCUCAUGCUAUCUAAAUUUGGUGGUGGAAUGACUCCAUAUUUCGAUUACAUGGUUUGGUUUUGUAUGCGUGCCCCUUAUGAUCUUUCAAAAUGUAUUACGUACUUGUAUUGUUUAUGACAAAAUAGAAAAAGACUGUCCUAAUCGAUUGUUCUUGUACGAUGGCCAUGAAAAUUCAAUAUAUUCAAUUGCCUUACAUAUC